AUGCUGCGCCCGGGCGCUGGAAAGCCCAAGGUGACCGCCGAACCAUCGCGGACGGGCCCCCACGCCCAUGUCCCGGAUUCUGGCUCCCUGUCCCAUGGCACGGGAGGAGCCCUCCAUCGUCGACUGCACAGGGACACCGGUAUCCCGGAUUCUGGCUCCAUGACGAAUGGCACAGGGAGGCGUCCUCCACACCCCAAGGCCAGGCAUCGCAGUUGGACCCAUGUUCGACAUCCAUUUGCACCGGGAUCUAGGAUCGGGCAAAGGCUGAGAGAACAUAUCCCUGGAGCGGCGCUCUCGGAUAUGUUCUUGUUGUCUCAGCCAGCAACGAUGGACACCGCACAACAACCCACAACAGACGAAGGUUCCGCAAAGGCCUUGUUUGUGGAAAAUGCUAGCCGAUUAUUCUCCCAACGAUGUGGCGAAAUCCUCGGGAAAUGGACGACUCUGCUGCGAGAGACUGCGCUGCCCGACGGCUGCCUCUGUGAGGACGCCCGAGUCAAGGACUCCAUCCGUGCCUGA